AUGUCUUUGCAUACCUACCAGCGCGUAUCUGAUGGGGAACAUGUAUUCGAGGGCGAGAACAAUGAUCCCCCAAGGCUAGAUUCACCAACCUCUAAGUCCUGGCUCAAGAGGCCUUCCAUAUUCUGGUUACUACCUGUCUUUCUAUUGUUCAACUUAGCCAUGGGGGCAACUGCAAUGCCUAGAAUGAACGUUAUCACGUCACUUAUCUGUCGUAAUAUCCUGACAGAAGGCAUGGAAACAAAAUUGCAGAGUAACGACACGCUGCAGCCACGACACGGUGGCGGUAUGCCGAGUGGCUCAGGCAAUACGAGUAUCGCUGCUGGAAACUACUCUGCGUCUGCUAUUAUCAUUGGAGAUUACAAUCCUCAGUGUGCGUUGAAGGAAAUUGAGUCCGCCACGGCGAUGUUCAAUCUUUUGGGCAACCUGGUUGCCGGUGUGAUUGCUGCGGUGACGACGCCGUUUUGGGGUAAGCUGAGCGAUCACUUUGGGCGCGUGAAGCCAUUGGCGGCCGCAACUACUAUCAUGUUGGCUUCAGAAUCUGUCAUGGUCCUUGUGGCCAAGUUUCCAGAUGUCCUGCCGCUUGGAUGGGUUUAUCUAACCUUCGUGCUAGAGGGCGUCAGCGGUUCUUUCAUUUCUAUCAUGGCUCUAGCGUCAUCUUAUGCAGCAGAUUGCACUAAAUCUGACGACAGGAAUGUUGCACUCGGCUGGUUCCAUGGGAGCAUGUUUUUCGGCAUGGCCGUGGGCCCUGCCUUUGGUGGAUUCCUUGGGAUGAGUGCGGGCAAAAGUAACCCUAUGCUUGUAUUCUAUACCGGCCUGGCCAUGAGAGUAUUGGGUAUCUUGCUGUUGGCGAUUGUACCCGAAAGUCUGCAUGUUCAGUUUGAAGAUCGUCGUUCAUUGUGGGUGCAAGCAUCACAGUACCUCCACAAACAUUCGCAAGGCUCGUGGUCGGAGAAAUUGGGGCGUGUGAAUCCCAUUCAUCUCCUCGCCAUCCUGUCACCGUGGAACAACAACGAUGACAAAUCAGCCCAAAGCAAUCUACUUGCUCUUGCAAUCAUCAACACUAUUGUCUUCGGUGCAAUGAUGGGCGCCAUGAAUGUCAUGAUGGUAUACUCGGAGUUUCGGUUUGACUGGGGAAACAAGGAAUCUGGUGUUUUCCUCUCCAUCGUGAACGUGUGUCGUACUCUUGCCACUGUGGUUGUUCUUCCAUUAGUCAUAAUGGUUUCACGCCGCUUGUCGGGGUCCAAGAGCUCGUCUAUUAGGCACAUCAAUGCUGCCGCUUCUAUAAAUAACACAGUCGGCCAGAUUGACAGAUUGGAUAUCUUCCUACUUCGCAUUUCUAUCCUCUCCGACACCAUUGGCUACAUCGGCUACGCACUGUCUCCCACGGGCGCUCUGUUCACACUAUCUGGCGCCAUUGCCUCCUUUGGCGCCAUAGGACUUGCCACAUCGGAAGCAAGCAUGACAAAACUCUUACCACCUUCACGGACAGGUGAGUUGUUGGGAGCUCUGGGUUUUUUGCAAGCGAUGGCGCGAAUUAUAGCACCAACCGUGGUUGGUUUGACUUACAGUUGGACGACUGAAAGCAUGCCGCAACUUGUGUUUUGGGGCAUCGCGGUCUGCUUUGGUAUAGCAGGUUUGUUGACUGUGGCUCUCAAGGCUGGCAAAGCAUAUCUUGUCAGCAGAGGCGAAGAAGAAGGAGAGAGCAUGGAACCGCUACAGGCUGGUAAACGAUACGACGAUACUGACUGA